ACGCACCCUCUCUUACUAUAUAAUCCUCAAAUUCAUUUCAUCCAUAUCCAAAACCUCCACCCAAAAAGGAAAAAGAAAAAAAGAGUUCAAAAAAAAAAAGAGCAAGACCACACUCUUAUGGACAAGUACGGCGACCCGGCUUCGAGUGUCAAGGCCACGGUUCCUGGUGGUGUUGGUGGCAGUAGUAGCAGUAAUAGCAGCAGUAUUAUGGGCAGCAACAGUCCCAGCUAUGCCCUUAAUGGGAAGAUAAUGCUCUGCUCCGCGAUCGUUUUCUUCGUCGCCCUCGUCGUCAUCCUCGGAUUCCACACAUAUGCUCGGAAGCUCUUCCCCUGCUGCCGUCGCCGCCGCAGCCGCCACCCCAGUGGUCUUGCACUUCACCACGCAGCCGCUGCAGCCCUGCCAGGCGGCCUGGACGUCUCUGUGCUCAAGUCCCUCCCCACCUUCACCUUUUAUGCUGCCGGUGGGAACCCCAGUAAUAACCUCGGCGACUGCCCCGUCUGCCUGUCGGAGUUCGAGGACGGAGAGACGGCCCGGGCCCUGCCCAAAUGCGGCCACGCCUUCCAUGUGGAAUGCAUCGACAUGUGGUUCCAGACCCACUCCAACUGCCCACUCUGCCGUGCCCCUGUUCAGGCCUGGUCCGAUGCGAACGCGCCUUCAACUGUGCCAACCGCCAUUUCAUUGCCAAGCCAGGGAAAUGAGAAUGGGAAUUCGGGUUCGAGUGAUUCUCCUGCUGAGGAGUUCGUGGUGAUUUCCAUAGAGACGCUUCCGUCAAUGGAGGAGAGGUUUAGGGGCUUGCCGGAGGAGCUGGGUUCCGGGUUGGGCGACAGAAACGGGGCCAAGUCUCCAGGUAAACCGGUUUGCUCUAUGAAAAGGAUUUGGAGUAUAUAAGGUUUUGGAGCAGAAAAUGGAAAACGGCAAACCGAAAAUGACAAGUAGGUAGUGUUUAGUUUGGGAACUUAGCAGGCGGGAAAAGAUUAGUGUAAGUGGAAAACAGUUCUGUACAAAUGGAAAAUUCAAUGAUAUAAGUUUGUUUUUUUUUUUUCA